UUUAUUGCUACGAAAUAUAUACGUAACUGAUAUAUAAAAGCGUCUGCUAGUGCUUACGUUACUGCGCAUGCGCGAGAUUUAUGCCUCCCUCCAUGCCUCCAUCUCCACAUUGCUCGGUGGGAAUUUGACGGCUGACUUGUCAAGAGCAGCGAAAUUCACUCUAACGUGGUCCUUUCUUCUCGAUUAGGAUUACGAAUUUUUUUUUUUACUUAAAUAGCUUAAUUAUGGCGACCUGCGGCGAAUACAUUCGUAGUCAGUUCCCGACGAUAGACGACGACCUAUAUCAAUACGUAGAAGGUAUCUUGGACAGUUCCAAAGACGACUUCGAGGAUGGCAACGAGGUCUACGAGGCGAUCGGGCAGGUGUUGCACGAGGUAGCGGACAAAUCAGAAAACGAGGUUAGGCAAAUAUGCGUGAAAUUAUUGGAAAUAUUAAAAGGUAGUUCAAAUGAUGAUGAUAUAGACAGGAGAAAAAACGGUGUUAAUAAGGUAUUAAAUGCUCCGGUACAUUUGGGUGCUCUGGCUGCUACUUUAGAGGCACAAGUCGAGCAGAUCAAGAGUAUAUGGGUCACAACUAGAGAUGAUGCGAUGAAAGUAGAUGCAAAAAAAUUAGAGAAGGCUGAGGCUAAACUGCAACAGAAACAGGAGAAACGAAUCGUAAAUGAACAGGGAUCGGCAUCUCGCAUUAACACUACCAAUCAUGCGGCUGAAAGCGCGGCUAGUGCAAGCCAAAUGAUGAGCAAGAAGGACAGUCGAAUGGAGACCAAAGGUGGAGUGAACAAAGCUCAGGACAUCAGGAUAGAGAAUUUUGACGUUGCGUAUGGUGAUAGAGUAUUAUUACAUGGUGCUGAUUUAAUGCUCGCGUUCGGCAGACGGUACGGUCUGAUAGGUAGAAACGGACUCGGCAAAACCACCUUGCUUCGAAUGAUAUCGAGCAAACAGUUAAGGAUACCGUCGCAUGUGCGUGUGUUGCACGUCGAGCAGGAGGUAGCCGGCGACGAUACGUCCGCAUUGGAGUCCGUCUUGGAAUGCGAUCAGGAGCGAAGUGCGUUACUCAGUCAGGAGACGAAAUUACAGGCAGCGGUAGAGAAGGAUGGCUCCAAGACGGGUGAUGCGUUAGGUGAAGAGUUGGCACGGGUGUACGAAGCCAUGCAGUUAGCCGAGGUCGACAAGGCACCCGCUAGAGCAAGCGCAAUCCUGUCAGGACUUGGAUUCACUGUGGAAAGGCAAUCCUGGCCGACCAAAGCGUUUUCUGGCGGUUGGCGAAUGAGGCUGGCUCUUGCGAGAGCUCUCUUCUCCAAACCAGAUCUAUUGUUGCUCGAUGAGCCAACAAACAUGCUUGAUAUUAAAGCAAUACUCUGGUUGGAGAAGUAUCUACAAACAUGGCCGAAAACAUUACUUGUAGUAUCACACGAUCGGAAAUUCUUGGAUACGGUCCCCACUGAUAUUUUGUACUUACGUGGGCAGAAAAUAGAGGCGUAUCGUGGUAAUUACGAGCAAUUCGUGAAAACGAAAGGUGAACGCGAGAGAAAUCAGCAACGAGAAUAUGAGGCUCAACAAGCAAAAAGAGCACAUGUACAGGAAUUUAUCGACAGGUUCCGAUACAAUGCCAAUCGUGCGUCCAGUGUACAAAGCAAGAUAAAGAUGUUGGAGAAAUUACCUGAAUUGAAGCCGAUGGAGAAGGAAAGCGAAGUGACUCUCAACUUCCCAGAUGUCGAGCCACUGAGUCCACCGAUACUGCAACUUAACGAAGUCUCUUUUAGUUACAAUGAAGGGGUUGACUUAGUGUUUAGCAAUGUGAAUCUUACUGCCAGUCUGCAAUCGCGCAUCUGUAUCGUCGGGGAGAACGGUGCGGGCAAGACUACUCUCUUGAAGAUCAUCACGGGUGCUUUGAGUCCGACACGAGGCACGGUUCAUGUGCAUCGUAAUCUAAAGUUUGGAUACUUUAGUCAGCAUCAUGUCGAUCAACUGGACAUGCGCGUCUGUCCCGUCGAACUUUUACAAAUGCAUUUUCCUGGUAAGCCUAUUGAGGAAUACAGGCGAAUGCUUGGAAGUUUUGGGAUUAGUGGCAAUUUGGCUUUGCAGACCAUAAAUUCUCUUUCGGGAGGACAAAAGUCUAGGGUGGCGUUCGCUCUAAUGUGUGCAGCAAUGCCUAAUUUUCUGGUUCUCGACGAGCCUACGAAUCAUCUCGAUAUCGAAUCGAUCGAAGCAUUGGGUAAAGCUCUCAACAAUUGCCAAGCUGGUGUAAUAUUGGUGUCGCAUGAUGAACGCUUAAUCCAGAUGGUUUGUACAGAAUUGUGGGUUUGUGGAGAAGGAUCCGUUAGAUGCAUUGAAGAAGGUUUUGAUGAGUAUCGCAGGAUCAUCGAGAGGGAGCUUGAAUUAUAAGAAACCAAGUUUCGUCUAAUGUGAUACUGUCUCGUAAUCUUGCGUUGUCUCUUACACCAAGUAAUAUAUCAUUGUGAAAAUUUUAGAGGAAUAUCGCCCUUUUAAUUAAAAUCAGCUUGCGACUAAUACCUA